UCAGGCUGGAAAAGGGUUGUAUCCUAAUCCAUUUUCUUUGGAUUGUGAUUUGAAUUGCCCAGAGAAAUCUGUGGGGUUGUUUUUAAUUUCUCUUGCAGGGUCUGGAACGUUGGCUGGGACUAGAGGUCUCCUGUCUCUUCUUUUUGAUGGGGAGGACCCGGAUCAGAGUCCAGUGACCUUUGAGGAGGUGGCUGUCAACUUCACCCAGGAGGAGUGGGUGCUGCUGGAUCCGGACCAGAGAUCCCUCCACAGGGAAGUCAUGGAGGAGAACCAUCAGAUUGUGGCUUCUCUCGAUGUCGAGGAAAACAUUCUAGCAGCCACAGGACCACUUUGAAUUUCCUGUUAGCAUCGCGUCACUUCGCAACAAUGAACAAGGGGAGCAGUGCUUAACAGCAGAUCAGGAAAAUUAUACCAGAAGAGAGCUCUACAAUUGCACCAUGUCUGGGAAAUAUUUUGCUGAAGGUGUGGCCCUUACACUUCAGGAGAAUGUCCACGCCGCAAACAUAGAUUUCAGAAACAAAGGAUCCGGAGAAGGUUUUGAUAGCAAACCACAAUUCGUGAGCCACCACAGCAUGGAAAGAGAUGACAACAGAUAUCAGUAUCAGGAACAUGGGGAAUGUUUAGCCAGUAAUUCCUUCCUUCGGGUGGACCAGUGUGUGCAUACAAAAGGGGAAUUGUGCAAAUGUCAGGAAUGUAAAAAAGGAUUGUUUUGCCUCUCAGCCCUCGGUGAUUCUCAUAUAAUCCAGAUAGGAGGGAAACCGUACAAAUGCCAGGAUUGUGGAAAAAGUUUUAUGUAUCCUUCAGCUUUUCUCAUGCACCAGCGAGUCCACACGGGAGAGAAGCCAUAUCAGUGUCAGGAUUGUGGGAAAUCUUUUGCUAGGAAUUCACGCCUUCUGAAACACAAGAGAGUCCAUACGGGAGAGAAACCCUACGAAUGCCAGGAGUGUGGCAAAUGUUUUGCUCAGAAAUCAAACCUUGUAUAUCAUCAGCGAGUCCACACAGGAGAGAAACCAUACAGAUGCCAGGAGUGUGGGAAAUGUUUUUCUCGGAAUUCACACCUUCUGAAUCACCAGGGAGUCCACACUGGAGAAAAACCCUACAAAUGCCAAGACUGUGGGAAAUGUUUUGCUCAGAAUUCAUAUUUUCUCGAGCACCAGAGAAUCCAUACUGGAGAGAAGCCAUAUGUAUGCCAGGAGUGUGGCAAACGUUUUGCUCACAGUUCUAACAUUCUCAGACACCAGAGAGUCCACACUGGAGAGAGACCGUACAAAUGCAAAGAGUGUGGGAAAUGUUUUUCUGAAAAUUCAGAUCUUCUGAAACACCAGAGAGUCCACACUGGAGAGAAACCAUACAAAUGCAAAGAGUGUGGGAAAUUUUUCUCCCGGAAUUCAGACCUUCUGAAACACCAGAGAGUCCACACAGGAGAGAAACCAUACAAAUGCCCCGAGUGUGGGAAACGUUUUGCUCAGAAUUCACACUUUGUCAAUCACCAGAGAAUUCACACUGGAGAGAAACCAUACAAAUGCCCAGAGUGCGGUAAAUGUUUUUCUCUGAAUUCAUACCUUAUGAGACACCGUGGAAUCCAUACUGGAAAUAAACCCUACAAAUGUCAGGAAUGUGGGAAAUGUUUUGCUCAGAAUUCAGAUCUUCUUAGUCACCAGAUAAUCCACGCAAGAGAUUGGAAUUCAUGUAUUGUGACUUAUGACAAAGUGUAGACAGCAGAAUCGUGCACCGUGUGAUCGCAGAUGUUAAGGCCUGUUCAAGGUUAAUAGUGUCAAGAUAAAUAAUGUUAAAUGUCAAAGCCUAUUCAAGGUUAUUUGAACUUCCUCACUUAAUGGAAAGCUAGUGGGUGUAGCUCCUUUGGAAAGCCAUAUUGUUC